UAGAUGCCUGGUAAAUGAUCUUUCUUUACAGUCCUGCAACAGGUAAUCAUAUACCCUGAUAUGCUCCUUCUUCCGUAUCUGGUGUAAUGGCGUCCGGUACGUUGUAUACAUAUCCCGAGAAUUUUCGGGCUUAUAAAGCUCUAAUAGCUGCCCAGUAUGCUGGUGGCAACGUGAAAAUUGCCCCUGGAUUUGUGUUCGGAGAAACCAAUAAAACCGAUGCGUUUUUAAAGAAAUUUCCGCUAGGAAAGGUGCCGGCAUUUGAAACAGAAGAUGGCCAGUAUCUGACAGAAAGUAAUGCUAUUGCAUAUUAUGUGGCGAACAGCCAGCUACGUGGCCAGUCAGAUCUGGAAAAGUCACAAGUGUUGCAGUGGCUGGGAUUUGCUGACAGUGAAAUUCUGCCAGCUUCUUAUGCCUGGGUCUUUCCUUGCCUUGGAAUAAUGCAGUACAGUAAACAGUCUACUGAAAGGGCAAAGGAGGAUGUGAAGGCAAGUUUGCAAGCCCUCAAUAUCCAUCUGCUGCCACGCACGUACUUAGUUGGAGAACGCAUCACUUUAGCAGACAUUGGAGUUGCUUGUACUUUGUUGCAGCUAUAUCAAUACGUUCUGGACGCAGAUUUCAGGAAGCCAUACCAGAAUGUAAACCGAUGGUUUACAACGGUUGUGAAUCAACCAGAGUUCAAGGCUGUUAUAGGGGAAUUCAAAUUAUGCGAGAAAAUGGCAGAAUUUGAUCCAAAGAAGUUUGCUGAAUUCCAAGCACUUACGAAAUCAGGAGGAGGUGGUGGUAGCAAAGAAGGCGGCACUGUUAAAAAAGAGAAGAAAAAGGCAGACAAGGCUGAGAAGAAGAAAGAAGAAAAGCCUGCUGAGCCACCUGCUGAGGAGUUAGAUGAGACAGAAUUGGCUCUUGCUGCAGAACCCAAGAGCAAGGAUCCAUUUGAUGCCCUUCCCAAGGGCUCCUUCAACAUGGAUGAUUUCAAACGCUGCUACUCCAAUGAAGACGAAAGUGUAUCUAUUCCAUACUUCUGGGAGAAGUUUGACCCUGAGAACUAUUCUAUCUGGCUUGGGGAAUACAAAUUCAAUGAUGAGCUGAAGAAAGUGUUCAUGAGCUGUAAUCUUAUCUCAGGCAUGUACCAGAGGCUCGAUAAGAUGCGAAAGAAUGCCUUUGCAUCUAUGUGCUUAUUUGGGUCAGAUGAUGACAGUUCAAUAUCUGGUAUUUGGGUUUGGAGAGGUCAGGACUUGGCAUUUGAGCUGUCGCCAGAUUGGCAGAUUGACUACGAGUCUUACCAUUGGAUGAAACUGGACCCAUCUAAGGAAGAUACCAAGCAGUUAGUUCAUCAGUACUUGUCAUGGUCUGGGACUGAUAAGCAGAAUCGUAAAUUCAACCAAGGGAAGAUCUUCAAAUAGACCAAGCAUGUUUUCAUGCAUUCAGGUGUCCAUGUUAAUUACAUUGUAAUUUGAAUUCCAUUUUGUAUUUUUCAAUUGACUCAACAUCUGUUAACAUUAAACUACUACUGUGGAAGUGCUUGUUCUCCUGAUACAUACAUUAUCUGUUUGGGAAGUCUUCUACAAUACCUGAGUGAUUCAGUUUUUUUUUGCGGUGAGGUAUGUGAUUCAUUUACUCCAAAUUUAUUCCUCCAUAACCACAGGUAAUAUAUUUUAAUAAGACAUUAGUUUACUUUAAGGCCCUGAUUGUACAGAACUGAAAAUACAGAUUGGUUUGUAAUGUUAUUUUU